AUGGUAGAUGACAGCAAGAUUCCUUUAGUCUUGGUAGCCUGUGGCUCAUUUUCGCCUGUCACUUAUCUUCACUUGAGAAUGUUUGAAAUGGCUCAAGAUCAUUUCAAAGAAAGAAACGAAUUCGAGUUAUUGACAGGCUAUUAUUCCCCAGUAUCUGAUUAUUAUAUGAAGGAAGGAUUGGCUAAAGCAGAGCAUCGAGUCAAAAUGUGUCAACUAGCUGUAGAAACCACAUCUGAUUGGUUAAUGGUAGAUUCCUGGGAAGCACGUCAGACAACAUAUCAAAGAACAGCUGUCGUACUUGACCAUUUUGAUCAUGAGUUAAAUACAGUAGGAGGAGGCAUUUCGACAUCUGCAGGUGAAAAAAGAAAAAUUCGUAUUAUGUUAUUGGCUGGUGGUGAUUUGAUUGCUUCAUUUGGACAUCCUGGUGUCUGGGCACCUGACGAUUUACAUCAUAUUGUGGGUCGUUAUGGUAGUGUCAUUAUUGAAAGAACAGGAACAGACGUGUAUGGUUUCUUAUUAUCGCACGACAUCCUUUAUCAGCAUAGAAUGAAUGUGACAGUCAUUAAGCAAUUGAUCCAUAAUGACAUUAGUUCAACAAAAAUAAGGCUAUUUGUUAAGAGAGGCAUGUCUAUCAAAUAUCUGCUACCAAAUCCUGUUAUUGACUACAUACAUGCUCAUGGUCUAUAUCUGCCUUCAUAA